AUGGUGGGCGACGCGCUGGAGCCGGUGCACGGGUUGGUGGUGGGCGGCCAGGACGCCGCAGAGAACGAGUUCCCCAGCCAGCUGUCGCUGCAGCUGCUGCGCCCCGGAGAGCCGCCCUCGUACCGCCACGCGUGCGGCGCGUCCGUGCUCAACCAGUACUGGGCGCUCACCGCGGCGCACUGCGUCGCUUCUCGCCUUCAGGAGAUGCAAUCAAUGUCGGUGGUGUCCGGCACGACUCGCCUCAACGAGGGCGGAACGCGCCACAAGCUGCAGGCGGCCAUCGUCCACCCGGGCUACGACGUGGACGACUCGUGGCUACACGACAUCGCCCUCAUCAAGGUUGUGGAGCCGUUCCCGCUGGACGGCGUGAAGGUCGCUGCAGCGAGACUGCCGCAGCAGGGGCAGCCCGUGCAAGACGAUGACGUCGCGAUUGUUGUCGGCUGGGGGCUCGUGCAGGAGACGGACACGCAGCCGUCGGAGCGGCUGCAGAAGGCGGAGCUGCGCAUCAUUAACCAGUUGGAGUGCCAGUGCGCCUACAAGAGCGUGGGCGAGAGCGUGCACGACACCAACCUGUGCGCCGGCGUGCUGCAAGGUGGCAUCGGCGCCUGCCAGGGCGACUCGGGCGGCCCACUGUUCGUGGACGGCGUGCUGGUGGGGCUGACGUCGUUCUCGCUGGGCUGCGCCCGGCCCAACUUCCCCGCCGUCUUCACGCGCGUCGCCUCCUACAUCGACUGGAUAGCGCAGCACAUAGAGUGA